CUUCCUUUGACUCAGAAAGGGAAUGAUAUUUGUGCCAGUACAGAGUUUGCUAGGAGGAGUCCUCUCUAGCUUGUUGAGAUCUAAUAAUCUCUCAUGGCUACGGCUAUGGAAACUGCUGCAAUUAACGCUGCCUGUGCAUGCAUGAGGAACUUGGUUGUGCGUGAUGAUAUCUGCUAUAUUUGUCUGACCGAGGAGAAACUGGUGGAUUUGGCCAGUGAGGUCAAAGAUGUAUUUGCUCUGAGCGAGGAUGUGAAGGUGAAACUAAAAGAUGAAGAAGAAAAACUGGGUAAAAUCCCCACUUAUCAAGUUAAACGGUGGCUUGAGCAGAGCAAAACUACAUGCAAUGAGGCAAAAGGGUUGGAGAUUGAGUAUCGUGGGAAAUGGUUUGCUAGUGGCUAUUGCAGUAUAAAUUGUUGUUCGAGGUAUAAUAUUAGUAGAAGAGCAGAUAGACUUUCUAUGCAACUUAAAGAGUUGAAACGAGAGAAGAAUGAUUUCAAAGAUUUGACAGAGACACAAGGAGAAAAUAUUGCGAUGAAGAUACCUAUGCCACUGGAUUUAGUGGAAACUCCUUAUCUGAAUCAAAUUUGUACCUAUUUAAAUGAUGCCGCAGUCAAUGUUAUUGGUAUAUAUGGAAUGAUUGGUACAGGCAAGACCACACUCCUGAGGGUGAUUUAUAACUCACUUUUGGAUGAUGGAAUGAAGAACUUUAAUCAAGUCAUUAUGAUUAAAGAUUCGCAUAAUCUAAAUUUGGAAAAAAUUCAAAAGAAGAUUGCUGAAGAGUUGAAUAUGCCAAAUGACUCUACAAGAAACGUUAUGCGCUAUUUGAAAGGUAAAAAGUUCUUAUUUCUUUUGGAUGACAUAUGCCAGAAAGUGGAUUUUGCAGAAGAAGUUGGAAUUCCUCUUGGUGACAACAAGGUGAUUUUUACUGUUUUAAAUAGAGACAUGUGUUCCAGAAUGAGAGCUCAUCGAAUAGUGGAAGUGAAGUGCUUAAAAAAUGAGAAGGCUGCAUGGCUUAUUUUCAACCAAAAUGCUAAAAUUGAGGAUUUGGAGUUCGAUUCACAGUUUAAUAAAAAAAAAGUAAAUGAUUUGGCUAAAGAAGUGGUGAAUAAGUGUGAGGGCUUACCGCUUGCUCUUACACUAUUUGGGCAAGCUAUGUCAAAUAAAAAAACUGUCGAAGAAUGGCAGCAUGUGGUUGAUAAAUUGGAUAAGCCAGGUAGCAGUGAUACUUUAGAAAUGGAGAACACCUUACACAAUAAUUUGAAAGUCUGCUAUGAGACUUUGGAUACUCCAACAUUGAAGAAGUGCUUUCUCAGUUUUUCUUUGUGGUACAACUAUCCUACAAUUUACAAAGAAGAUGUUAUCCAGUGUUGGAUGGGGCUUCGAUUUAUUGUUUUUACCAAGUACAAUGAAGCUUUCAAUGAGGGUUGCUAUCUUCUUGGUAGACUACAGAAUGCAUGCUUGUUGACAGUUGUGGGUGAUGAGGUCCAAUUGCAUCAUAUGGUACAUCGCAUGGUUCACUCAGUAGCCUCACAAGAUGGCACGAAGAUGGGAAAGUGGAUAGUGAGAAGAAACAACAGUGGGCAGCCUCAAGUUCUUGCAGAGGAAAUAGAAGAAUGGAAAGAUGCAGAACGUAUAGCUGUGACAAUGGAUCCUGCAAUAAAAGAAAUGCCUGAAUUGUCUCAUAAUUUCCCCAACCUGGUGAGUUUAAUGCUGCAGGGCAAUUGUUCAUUGAUAAGACUCCCAGAUGGAAUUUUCCAACAAAUGAAGAAACUUGAAUACCUAGAUUUGUCAUCUACCAGCAUAGAUCAACUUCCAAUGGGCAUCAAAGAUGCGACUAAUCUCCAGUAUCUCAACAUUUCGAAGACUAAAAUUGAAUUACUUCCUCGCGAGUUAGCACAACUCAAGGAAUUAAAAUUCUUAAUUUGCAGGAAGCUGAAGCUUGGUGAACUUGAAGAGGGUCUUGUAUCUAGCUUGUACAAAUUGGGGGUUCUUGAGCUACAACCAUACACGUUUGUACCAAUAAAAUGCUUGAGGUCAAGUGCAGCUAGUAUGAAAAGGAUAGGCAUGCUCGUCAAAUCUCCUUUGGUUUUCAAACUAAUAUCAGAAUUGCCAACUUGUUACAUUCAAAUAGAGAAACUGCAUGAAUUAGAAUCCAUUUCUUUUGAAUCGUUAAGUUGCAAGAAUCGUGGAUGUCUUGAAAAAUUAAAACUCACUGCAUGCAAUGAGCUAAAGGAAUUAGUGGUUGAUGGGAAUGAAAGCAACUUCAAGAAGCUACAUUUGUGGGAUCUCAAGAACCUGAACUGGAUUAAAUUUAAUGGAGUGGAACCCAGAAGCUAUUUUCAGAAGUUAAGAAAGUUGUAUAUUGCCAAAUGUAAGAGUUUGAAGAAUCUUCCUUGGGUCCUACAUCUCCCCACACUUGUUACUCUAAAAAUAGAGCAGUGUGAAAUUCUAGAGGAAUUUGUCUGUGGAAAGGAGGAAGAAAUACAGCAAGCUUCAGAAUGCUACUCAACUUUCCCCAUGCUAGAAAUUUUGAGCAUUGGUUUUUUACCAAGUCUGCUGAGCAUAAGCAAUGAUCCACUUAUUUUUCCAUGCCUUUCAAAUUUAAUUGUGGAAGGAUGUCCGAAAUUAAGUAGGCUCCCUUUUGCCCAACAUAUUAUUACAAGCAACUUUAGAAGACUUGACUGUGAAGAAGACUGGUGGAAUGGGUUAACAUGGGAUGAUGGCCACAACAUCAAAUCUUACAUUGCAACCAAAAUCAAUUUCAAAGAGGCUGGGUCCUCUCAACCAUCUUCUUCCUCCCUCCCACCAGUCAUGACUUGUCCAAGCCCUUGUAUUCAUCCUAUGGACGUCAUACAAUCCUUCUCAGAGCUAAGCAUCAAUAAACCAGCACUUGCUUUAGAAGGGUUAAGUACUACAACCAGAGCUUAAUCUCAACUACAAAGUAAUGCGCAUUAAUUGGCCCUCUCAAAAGGCAACGAUAGUUGGGAAUUGAAUAUCGAACUUAAUUUGUAAAUGAUAUUUGUAAAUGAUAUUUAAUGUAUCUAGAGAUUUGAUCAUGUAAUUGAGUCUAGAAUGUUGAAACAUCAAACUUGUGUUUCUGUAUCCAAAGAGUGCUUUGGAAAAAGGAGUUUGGUGUUUAUUAAAGAGUGUUUUGGUAUAAACUACUAUUUGUUUUUCAUAAUGGAAUCAUUUGGACUAUUCAUCCUACUUUA